AUGGUUUCGUUAGUAAAAGCAGAUGAUGAUCCAGUUCUGUUCGAAAACGAUCACAUCACCUGUUAUUCCGAUCGUUUAGUUAUCCCAUUUUAUUACUUUCCGUACGGCUCAAAAACGGUCAAAUACAAAAACAUCCGUUCAGUCGAAUUACUCGACGCCAAAGAUUUAAGUUUCUUCCAAACAAAAACUUGGGGAAUGGCACUCUCAUCCAUCUGGUGGCCUCUAGAUAUUCGCCGACAAUGGCGCAAGCAUUACCUCGUCAUAGAUGCGAACCAAUGGCCGAAAAUCGGCAUUACUAUGAAUGACGAAGAUACGAUCAAAGUUUACAAGUUAAUUCGACCGAAAGUAUUGAGUUAA